GAGCUUGAGUCAUCGGUGAUAGUUGUCCUAUAAAAGACGUGAUUAUAUCACUGCCAAACGUACUUAGGCCAGUAACUAAAAUACUGUUUUUACCACCACCUUUCUUGUCACAUAGGUACUGCUCAUAAACAAUGGAGCUCCAAUACACAACCCUCGACGUCUUCACAUCCCACCGCCUGCAAGGCAACCCCCUAGCCGUCGUCACCGUGCCCGCCGCGCUCCGCUCCAAGCUGCCGCAGGCGACGAAGCAGAAGAUCGCGCGGGAGUUCAACCUCUCCGAGACGGUGUUCUUGCACGAGCCGGACAAACAAGGGGGAAGCCGCGACAUCGAUAUCUUCACCGUUGACCGCGAGAUCCCCUUCGCCGGCCACCCUACCAUCGGCACGGCGGUGCUGCUCAAGUACUAUAGCUCCCAGACGCAGCAGCAUGUGGAUCUUGAUACCCUCAUCACCAAAGCCGGCCCCAUCCCCGUUUUCUCCGCAGACGGAAACCGCAUACGCGCCAAGAUCCCGCACAACGUGCACCUGCACGCGCGCACCCUCGGCGACCUCAUCACCUCCGUCUCCGUCUCCGUCUCCGGCUUCGCAUCGGCAUCGUCACUCCCGGGCCUCACCCCCGCCCCCCAGAUCCGCGCGGCGGAGCUAGCGGCGCCGGUUCUCAGCAUCGUCAACGGGAUGACGUUCAUCCUCGUGCGGCUGGCCUCGCUGGCGCUGCUGGCGCAGGUCAGCACGGCGCACCGACUUGAUCUCGAGGGGCUGCCGGCGCCGCUGCUGGAUGAGGGGUGGCGGGGGGGAUUGGUGAGUCGGUAUUAUUAUGUGGAUGUAGGUGAUGAUGAGGGCAAGGGAGAGGGAGAGGGGGGUGAGGAGAGGAGCGUGCGCACGCGCUUGGUGGACGCGGGGUGCGAGGACCCGGCGACGGGGAGCGCGGCGUCGGCGCUGGCGGCGUAUUUGUCGCUGUAUGAGGAGAGGAAGGGGACGAGGUUGAGAGUUACGCAGGGGGUGGAGAUGGGGAGGGAGAGCCAUAUCGAUGUUGAGACUACGGUGCGGGAGACGUCUGAUGGUGGUAGAGAGGUGGUGGAUCUUUGGCUUGAGGGGACGGCGGUGGUGGUUAUGAGGGGGAGCUUGGCGGUUGAUGUUUGAUUACUUACCUUGUCCGAUAGAUGGGGAAGUAGGAUAGGAGUUAGAUCUACGCGUUAUUGGGGGCUCACUGCGACGAUACCAAUCACACAUCAUACGUAUUGACUCGUGUUACGUAGGUAGGUAGUAAACAAAUAAACAUUGCCUAUAGUACACGCUAAACAA